CUUGGUCAUGUCGGCCAUCCAUCGAGAAUAGGUACGAUGCAUGCACAGGUCUCACCACCAUAAUGCAAAUCGUCUCGGGAGGGAGGCACGUGUCCUUGUCCCCCACAAAUAUCUCGAUAAGGAGGCACGUGAUGAGCGACGCGAGUGGAGCUCACUGAUCAUCACUAUACUGUACGUACGGCCGCCACGGCGCCACCUUAAAUACUGCAUCGGCGCCACUUUGCACCAGCACCACCGCCAGCACCACGACGUAAACAAACAAACACAGAUCCACAGCUUCCUACGCCAUUCAGCAUGGGCGCGCCGGACACAUCAUGGGUGUUCGCGGACCUCGCCGUCGCGGACAGCUCCAGGUACAGCACCCGCUCGCGGCUCAUGCUCACGGGCCUCUCCUUCGCCAUCGGCAUCCUCACCAUCCUCCUCUACCUCGCCGUCUCCUACGCCUGCCGCCGCCGCCGCAGUCAGCGCGGCGCUGGCGCGGGUGCUGGUGCGGAGGACCAGGAGGCCGGCAUGAGCGACGCGGCCAUCGUGUACGAGCAGGCCGACGCACUGGCCGCGCCCAUGGACUGCGCGGUGUGCCUAGGGCAGGUGGUGGCCGGCGAGAAGCUGCGUCGGCUCCCCAAGUGCGCGCAUCUGUUCCACGCCGACUGCGUCCAUGCCUGGCUGCAAGCGCACUCCACCUGCCCCAUGUGCCGCGCCGCCACCACCGGCACCACCCCAGCCGCGACAGCGGGGCUGCCACCUGGCGUGGUUGCAGUCGCAGGCACGCCGCCUGCCUUGGAACGGAUGAAUUGAACCACACUGACCCGAGAAUAGCCAGAGUGAUGGAUCGACUAGCGACGCUGACUGGAGAAUAACGAUAGUGUGGUCAUGAGUCAUGGCUGCGGCCACAGUGCGUGUACAGGAGUAUUUGUGACGUGGAGUGUGCUUGUAUUAUUGGUUCCGUUUCAUAGUGCGCAUAGAUAUUUUCUCACAAGAAACAAAGGCUUCAUAAAUUUUCA